CCUCGAGGGGGUUGUCGCAACAUACUCAUACUCACUCACAAAACCCUUUAUACCUUGUCCAUAUCAUUCCAAUGUCCCUCCUGGGGUACAAAUCCCUUUCCAAAAGAGACCUUUUUUAACGGACACAACGAUUGCCACUUCUGAAGAACAGGAGGGCCUCUAAAAUGAGUUUCCAUGAGAAGAGAAAAAGAGUCGUUUCUGCUCAGACUAAAAGAGCGGGAACUCCAGAACCCAGCUGUGUGUCUAUGAAGAGUGAUGUAUCUAUGGACAUUCCACCUGAAUUCAGUGGUGGAGCAGUGAACUCUGACAUAAAGUGUUUGUUGCAGGAUCUUUCCAAAUGUGGAAUGUGUGAGCAGGUUAUGAGAGAUCCAGUUUCAAUUACCUGCAAACAUAGUUUCUGCAGACAGUGUAUCAGCUGCUAUUGGGAUAAGUUCAGUCAAGAAUUUGACUGCCCUCAAUGCAAGAAGAAGUCUAUAAUACAUCCUGUUCUACAAACAUAUAAAGUCUCGGAAGAAUCCAGUUCUGCUCUCUGUUACACAAAUCUGCAGCAGGAUUCUCUGGUGGAUGAUGUCCUGCAGAGAGUCAAAGAGAAACACAAAACCAGCAUGAGAAACAAGUAUGAGUGCUUAUUUGAGGGAAUCAAACUACAGGAUAAUCAAACACUGCUAAACAGGAUCUACACACAGCUUUGUAUCAUAGAGGGAGAAAGUGAAGGGGUGAAUGAUGAACAUGAAGUGUUACAGAUAGAGAAAACAGCCAGAACACAGCAUUCACAAAACACUCAAAUUCACUGCAAUGACAUCUUUAAAUCCUUACCUGAGCAAGGAUUUUAUGGGAAGAGAAGAAAGGAUGACAAAAUAAAGAUUGUUCUUACUAAAGGCAUCGCUGGAAUUGGAAAAACAGUCUCUGUGCAGAAGUUCAUUCUGGACUGGGCAGAGGGAAAAGCCAAUCAGGAUGUAGAUUUCAUGUUUGUGCUUCCAUUUCGAGAGCUGAACUUGAUUAAAGACAAUCAGUACAGUAUUCACAACAUUCUGCUUGACUUUCUUCCUGAACUUCAAGAUCUGGACUCAAAGGUUUAUGAUAAAUGUAAAGUUGUGUUCAUCUUUGAUGGUCUGGAUGAAAGCCGAAUCACACUGAGGUUUUCCGAAAGUGAGUUGGUUUCUGAUAUAAAUAAGUCUUCAUUAGUUGGUGUAUUAGUGUCAAACAUCAUCAGAGGAGAGCUGCUUCCCUCUGCUCACAUCUGGAUCACCUCUAGACCAGCAGCAACCAAUCAAAUCCCUUCAAAAUACAUCAACCGGGUGACUGAAAUACAGGGAUUCAGUGACCCUCAGAAGGAGGAAUAUUUCAGGAAGAGGAUCAGUGAUCAGCAUCAAGCCAGCAGAAUCAUCUCACACAUCAUAAGAUCAAGAAGCCUUCACAUCAUGUGCCACAUACCAGUCUUCUGCUGGAUCUCAUCCACUGUGCUUCAGAACAUCCUGGAACAAGAUGAGAGUGCAGAAAUCCCCCAAACUCUGACUGAAAUGUACAUCCACUUUCUGCUCAUUCACAUAAACAUAAGGAAUCAGAAGUAUGAUGAGAGAGAUCCUGGAAAACUCCAGCAGUCCAACAGAGACAUGAUUUUGAAACUUGCUGAACUGGCUUUUAAACAACUGAAGAAAGGCAAUAUCAUGUUUUAUGAGGAGGAUCUGAAAGAGUGUGACAUUGAUGUCAUUGAUGCCUCAGUGUAUUCUGGGAUUUGCACCGAGAUAUUUAAGGAGGAAUCUGUGAUUCAUCAGAGGAAAGUCUACUGCUUCAUACAUCUGAGUUUUCAGGAGUUUCUUGCUGCUAUUUAUGUGUUUUAUUGUUAUGUAAUUAACACUGUAGAGGUACUAAGGUUUUUUGAUUCCCUGCAUAAUUUUCUUAGAGGAGCAGUAGAUAAAGCCUUAGAAAGUGAAAAUGGACACCUGGAUCUUUUUCUCCGGUUCCUGCUAGGCAUCUCACUGGACUCCAAUCAGGGACUUUUACAGGAUCUACUGACCAACACUCACAGCUGCUCAAGGAGCAUUGAGAAAACAACUGUUUAUAUUAAAGACAAAAUUAAACAUGGACAUAAUCUUUCAGCUGACAGAUCCAUCAAUCUUUUUCUUUGUCUCUUUGAAAUAAAAGAUCAGACUCUGUACAGAGAGAUCCAGGUGUUUCUGAAAUCAGACAAACACUCAGAGAAAAAACUAUCUUCUGCACUUUGCUCAACAAUCGCCUACAUGUAUCAGAUGUCAGAAGAUGUGCUGGAGGAACUUGAUCCCAAGAAAUUUAAUACAUCAGAAGAAGGUCGCAAAAAACUCUUACCAGCUGUGAAAAACUGCAGAAAAGCUCUUCUUGCUGAUUGUAAUCUCACUGAUAAAUCCUGUGAAAUUGUGGCCUCAGCUCUACAAUCAUCAAACUCCUUCCUGAGAGAGCUGGACCUGAGUAACAAUGACUUGCAGGAUUCAGGAGUGAAGCUUCUCUCAGAUGGACUGAAGAGUACAAACUGUCAACUAGAGAAACUGAGACUAUCUGGCUGUAUGGUGACAGAGAAAGGCUGUUGUUGUCUGGCCUCGGCUCUGAGUUCCAACCCCUUAUACCUGAAAGAGCUGGAUCUCAGCUACAAUUACCCUGGACACUCCGGAGUAAAGAUGCUCUCUGAUCGACUGAACCAUCCAAACUGCAAACUGGAGAAACUCAAUUUUGACCAUGGAGAGUCCUUCAGAAUCACACCAGGACUGCGGAAAUAUGCCUGUGUUCUCACAUUUGAUCGAAACACAGUAAACACUCAUCUCAUUCUAUCUGAGAACAACAAAAAAGCAACAUAUUUGGAGGAGGAGCAGCAAUAUCCUGAUCAUCCAGAAAGAUUUGAGCACUACGAGCAGGUUCUGUGUAGAGAGAGCCUGACUGGACGCUGUUACUGGGAGGCUGAAUGGAGUGGCUGGAGUCACAUAGCAGUCACAUAUCAAGGUAUCAACAGGAAAGGAGGAAGCGACUGCAGGUUUGGACUCAAUAAAAAGUCCUGGAGUCUGGUCUGCUCUGGUAAAAAUUACUAUGCCAGGCAUAAUAAUGCAAGAACUGACAUACCUGCACCCUCAUUAUGUUCUAACAUAAUAGGAGUGUAUCUAGAUCAGCCAGCUGGCUCUUUGUCUUUUUACAGUGUUUCCUCUGAAACUGGUCAAAUGAUCCACAUUUACACCUUCCACUCCACAUUUACUGAGCCCCUCUAUGCAGGGUUUGGUGUUGGGGUUGACAGUGAAUCUUCAGUAUAUUUAUGUUAAAUACAAUAGCUAUGAAGUAGGUGUGUCAGACACUCAGACCAUGAGCUAAAUACUGUAGAGCCUGUGGAGGAAAUAAACUAUGAGAGUUCAGCUCCAACUCUAAUUAAACACACCUGAACCAGCUAGUCAUGGUCUUAAGGAUUAGCUGAAAACUAAAGGUACUGUAGGUGUGUUGGAGCAGGUUUAAGCUGAACACUGCAGGACUGUGGCCCUCCAGGAGCAGAGUUUGACACCUAUGUGCUAAAAUAUGCUUAAAUUAUAUAUUUAUUAUGUUAGUGUGAUAUGUCCGUAAGUGAUGUCACAUUAUUAUUAUUUUUUGUACUUUACUUCCAGUGCAAAACAUACUGACUUGUUAUUUUGUAAAUAACUGUGUGUGUGUGUGUGUGUGUGUGUGUGUAUGUGUUUAUAUAUAAAUGAAAACUUCAAGCUUGUAUUUCACUUUUGCAUAACGGGUGACCCUUAUAGUAAGCCAGCUAAGCAUUGUUUAGUAUAUGCACGUCAAACAGAAAUAAAUCAGUUGCAUUUAGUUUAGUUAUGUGUUUAGUUAUACUUAAAUGCAAAACUAUUGAGGAAAUAAAUGUUUUAAAAUUACAGAGAAAAGCAAUGACAUAGUAGCAUGUUAUUAUGAUCAAUUAAGUGAAUGUGUGUUCCUGCUGAACGUUUGACUUCUUACGCUUAAAACAGUUUGUGCUCUUUGUGCUCUGUGCUCUUUUUUUUUUUUUUUUUUUUGCUUAAUCACUUCAUCUUUUUCGUUUCGGUAAUGUAUUAACUUCCUGUUCUGAUUUAGGUAAAUGUUAUGGUGUUCUUUUCUUUUAGCAAGUUUAUAUUAAAGUUGUGUUG